AUGUCGAAAGAAAAGUAUCAGAAGCAAUGGGAGGCGAUCUCUCAAAGAAUCGAAAAGGCUAAUUCCGAGUUGUUGUGUCUGACCUAUGGUUCUUUGGUAUCUCAACUUCUUAAGGAUUUCGAGCACGUGGAGGCGAUCAAUCAGCAGCUAGAAAAAAUGGGCUAUAACAUUGGGAUUCGUCUGGUGGACGAAUUCCUCGCAAAGUCAGGAAUUGGCGCAUGCGCAGGCUUCAGAGAAACCGCUGAAGUUAUUGCAAGGCUGGGCCUGCGCAUGUUUCUCGGCGUGUCUGCUGAGGUGGCCUCAUGGGACUCCCAGGAGAAGAGCUGUUCUCUUAUCUUGACAGAAAACCCGUUAACGGACUUUGUAGAGCUUCCCCCGGCACUUGCAAACUUGAACUACUCCAACAUCAUUUGUGGCGUAAUCAGGGGGGCAUUAGAACAGUUGCGGAUGCGGGUCUCGUGCUACUUCGUCAAGGACAUGCUAAAGGGAGACGAUGUCUAUGAAAUCAGACUCGAGCUUAAAGAGCUGAUGAAGGAGGAGUUUGAAGACGACGAUGACCUCUGA